AAGCAAAACUCCCAUUGUUUAGUCACCUAAUGCCCACUUUUUCUCUAUUUCUUAUUCUAUUCCCUUGUGCUUCUCUUGCUAGGCAUCUUAUUAACCAAGAUUGCGGCUCUACUUUUUGUGGGAAUUUGAAUAUCAGUUAUCCAUUCCGAUUAAAAAACCAACCUCCCCAGUGUGGUUGCCAUGACCUGGAACUUGAGUGUGAGAAUAACAACUACACCACUUUGGUUUUGAGAGAAGGGAAAUUCUCUGUCCAAAAUAUUUUUUACAAAAAUAAAACAAUCCGAGUGAUGGAUUCAAAUCUGGACAAGGAUGAUUGCAACUCCCUUCCUCUUAGUUCCAUAUAUUUUAAGUAUUUAGAUGGACAAUUGUAUUCCAUUUUUUCUUCUCAUUAUUAUUUUGCAUCUUAUCAUUAUUAUACUUCUUAUUAUUAUUAUAGUAGAGAGUCAGAGGCUAGCAUUAUGUAUGUUGUGAAUUGCACGAAACCUAUAAGAUCAUCUCAAUAUAUCGACACCUCUCGUUGUACCACCAAAUCCAAUACCUCUUCCCCUCCAACUUCUUUUUUCUAUUUUUUAGAUGAAAAUACAGUGCUAAAUCUCAAUCAAGCUUGCACAGUGGAAGCGGUGGUUCCAAUUAUGGUUAAGAAUAUAUCAGGCAUGUCUACGUUGACUAUCUACAACAAGCUAUAUGAGGGUUUUUACCUUUCAUGGGAGUACUGGCAGGGCUACAGCAGAUUUCCUCUAUGGCUAAUUGAUAUUAUUGGCUUUUGGAGUACUUAUGGAAUAGGUGUCAUCAUACUGAGGCUCUUCAUUGGGAUACCUUGUUUGCUUGUGCUUGUAAUCUACAAAUGGAGAAGAAGACAUUUAUCCAUGGAUGAUAAGAUUGAAGAGUUCCUUCAAAGCCAUCAUCUAGCUCCAAUUAGAUACUCUUUCAAACAAGUUAAAAAAAUGACUCAAAAUUUUAAAGAUAAAUUAGGUGAAGGGGGUUAUGGUUCGGUGUUUAAAGGAAAGCUUCGUAGUGGACAUCAUGUGGCAAUAAAAUUGUUGUGCACAUCAAAGGGAAAAGGCCAAGAUUUCAUAAAUGAAGUUGCUUCUAUUGGAAGAAUUCAUCAUGCUAAUGUGACCAAACUUAUUGGAUUUUGUGUGGAGGGAUCAAAACAAGCUCUUGUGUAUGAUUUCAUGUCAAAUGGAUCGUUAGAUAAAAUCAUAUUUUCUGAAGAAAAAAGGAACACUUUAGGUUGGAAAAAACUAUUUGAUAUUGUGCUUGGGGUUGCUCAAGGAAUCGACUACUUGCAUCAAGGAUGUGACAUGCAAAUUUUACAUUUUGAUAUCAAGCCACACAACAUUCUUUUGGACGAGAACUUUAACCCAAAAGUUUCAGAUUUUGGUCUUGCUAAGUUGUUCGAUGAGAUGAUAACAUUGUCUCUCUCAUCGCAAAGACGAGGAACAAUAGGGUAUAUUGCUGAAUUGGUUUACAAAAAUCUUGGAGGCAUUUCAUAUAGUGAUGUUUAUAGUUUUGGAAUGUUGGUGCUAGAAAUGGUAGGAAGGAGAAAGAAUUUGAAUGCAUUUGCCAACCACACUAGCCAAAUAUAUUUUCCAUCUUGGAUUUAUGACCGGUUAGAUCAAGGAGAGGACAUGGAGUUGGGAGAUAUUUCGAUGAUGAAAAGUAAUGAUAAGGAAGAUGAUAAUAUGACCUUUUGGUGUAUACAAUUAUUGCUCGAUCGUCCUUCGAUGAAUAAAGUGUUGAAAAUGCUUGAAUCUAACGUUGAACUCUUUGAGAUGCCUCCAAAGCCAUUUCAUCAAGUUCCUCUUGAAACAUCAAGCGAGGUUGAUAAUUGUGAGAACUCUAAUGAUGAGGAAAUCGUUAUUGAGUUUGGGUCAUUAAUCGCAUUUGAACGUGCAAUUAAGACAAGUGAUGAGCAGAAGGAAGAUGGUGUCGAAGAAGAGGAACCUGGAGACGCCAUUCAAGGUCUUAGCGAAGCAGUUGAAGUUUUGGAAGAAGCCGCCAAAGAUAUUGCUGAAGACAGUGAUGAUUUUGAUGGUGACCAAAUAGAUGUUGGCGUGGAGAUCUAUUCAAGAGUAUGUGUUGAAGCAAUGGUCAGCAUGCAGCAACCAAGACUGUCGAGGGCACUACAUGCAGAAGCUGCUAGUUCAUCAAGCCAGCAAGCUUCACGAUUCUUGCUCGACAAGCUUCUUGUUGAACUUGCUGUUUGUUGCUCUCGGCUCCAACAAUUGGUAUCUAGAGCCAUAUUCUUAGAGGACCUGUUGUAG